AUGAAAAUUAGCAAAGAAGAGGAAGCUAGUUUCAACAGUGGGGACAUAGACAAAUGGGACUUCUCGUUAUUGACAACAGCACUGCUGUAUUCUUAUAGCUGUGCAUUAGAGAUAAGCAAACGAUCCGGAUUUGAAAAUGCUCUGCACGAAUUAAAAAAGUAUCGUAACAAGCUACUGGGACAUCCUUACACAGACAGGAUGUCUGAUGAAGAAUUCAACUACUUUUGGCCUGUGCUGGCGGACAACUUCAUUAAACUUGGAGCUGAUCCAAAUGAAAUUUCAGAACUCAAGCUUCAAUCAGGUAGUAAUUUUAGAAUGUAGCUCUAGAACACAUCCCGACAGUGCAGACCAUUUACUGGCUAAGUAGUGGCGUAGCGACCAAUUUUAUUUCCCUGAAAUGGCUAGCUCGUAUACUUUACUUAAUCAGUCUAUGACAAACAUUGUUGAAGAAAGGAGUUCUGCAAGGCACCAAGAUGACACAAAUAACCCAACAGAGCAGGGUAGCACUGAAAGAGAAAUGUGUCAUCCUAAUUUUCUGCUUUUACCCCUUUUUUAGAUGAGGUUCUUCGUGCAGCAGAACACUAUCAGAUGCUCUUCGAAGAAGAACGAGAUAAAUACAAUCGUUGCGGGAAGAAGCUUGAUUCCAUGGAUAGAAAGCUGGACGUCCUACUUUCUCGACAUGAAGCUAAUGAUAACCAUAAUCCCCCGCCUGAUCCGGCCUGUCCAGCCACUCGCAGUGAUUCCCAGUGGGAUGAGUGGUCGCUGUUCCGUAAUGCGGUUGGCGAUUUCGAUUCCCAAAAAUUUCAGUACAUCCUUGUCACCGAUUCUGUUCCUCAACAAAAUCUUGAAUCCUACUCCAUAUUGAGAAGUGUCACAUGGAAGAUGAUCUUAGAUUUCGACCCUAUGUCAGAAGAAGAAGGGUUUUAUCGAGAAUUUACAUCGAAAGAAGGCCAAAGUAACCUGGUAACCAUGUUUACACCCGCAGAGUUGAAUAAGAGUACCAUGAAGAGUUUGUCACGUCAGAUUGAUCCCAAUAAAAUCCAGUGGGUGUUUGUUAAUGGCAGGUCCGGUGACGGUGAUGGUGGCUCACAAGAGAAUUCCAGUCGGGAAGCUUCCUUCAUGAGAGGCAUCAGUAGUUUGUUUCGAUGCUGUUCCGAUCCAGACACCUUUGAUGAGCUGAAACCAGUGAUAUGUCUAAUUCUUCCUCUCAAGGACUCUAACUUACCCCAUCUUCAAGUUACAUUGGGUCGAUUGAUUGAAAACUUCUACGACCUUAACUUGGAGUUCGUAUCUGUUGCUGACCGGAAUUGGCCCGAAACCUUUGAAGAAUUUAAGAUUCAAAGUUUUCAUUUAGGUCCAAAGGUUCUACACUUGGGCUUAAAAGCCUUACUUGAUACGUCAGCAGGACGAAAGCUCUGUAUGCCUACUUCGCAUGCCGGAGUAACGGUAAACCUCAGUCCAAGGCAGUACCUUUAUCUUAAAGAACUGUUAGACAUUAUGUACCUGGGAUGCGAAGAUUUACCAGAGGAUAACGGUAGUUCUUUAGAGUAUGAAGAACAGCAAGACUGUUUUUUGGAACAACAAAGAAAGUCGUUCUUGUCUGGGAACCAAAUUUCAUUCGCCAGUCUUUCCGACAAUCAUGAUGCUAGAAGGGAAAUCGAAAGAGAUAUUAGGGUCCACGUGCAACGUCUUCUAGAUCAGGGAUUAGCAAAGCCCGUAUUUGUGGAGAUCAGACAUCUACCCGGCACUGGUGGAAGUACAAUUGCUCGUCGAGUGUUGUGGGAGCUCCACAAAGACUAUCCCUGUGCGUUAAUCGACAUAAGUUCUCAUCGGUACUCUGAUGAAGAUAACACCCUUGCAAACCAGGUGGCAGAGAGGAUAGCAUCCCUUGAAGAAAUUUGCAACACAACACCACUGAUUUUGGUUGAUGGAAAACAAUCUGGCGCCUUAGAAGGACUGACAAACAAGCUGUCUCGCAUUCUACAGAACAAAGGAAAACGCGUCAUGAUAUUGCGUUGCCUUCGAGGGUCAAAGGUUCUUUCAAAAAGAACGGAGGAGGCUUCCCAACUUCACAAAGUGUUCCAUGUCAAUGUGAAAUUAGAAGAAUCAGUGACUGAUCUUCGAGAAUUCAAGUCAAAGUACAAGGAGUACAUCGACUGUACUAUCAAUAAAUCAUUGGCCACGAAAAAUGCUUUAUCUAGCCUUUGUCGGGUAUUUCAUUUUCCCCUGCUUGCCAUGAUGGAAGAGUUCCGUCCCAAACUUGAGAAGAUAAUCGAAGACACGUUCAACGAAUUGGGUGGAAUUCAGCAAGAGAUUGCAGUGGUAGUGGCCUUUUUGCAGAAGUACGCCAACCUGCCUACCCCUGCACUUCUGCUACAUGAAGCUUUCAAUCAGUUUAUACGAAUGUCGGCGGGCAAAAGUGCCACUUAUGAUGAUAUCAGCCAACUCUUUUCGGAGAGUCUAAUGAAUUUGAUGACACCCGCUAAACCAACACGUUGUGCGAACAAAAACCCACCAGAAAGUUACACGUUUCAGCAUCCGUUAGUUGCAGACUUGAUACUGAAGAGAGUGUAUCAACUGCAAAAACGUGACUUGUUUGCAAUAGUGGAAACUUUUCUUAAAUUUCCCAUUUACCAGGAAGAAACGCUGCUACCACUCAUCUUCGAGCUUUUUGUCUACAACAAGACAGGAACAACUGGCCAUGAGAAAUUAAAAUUUUCCAUCCUCUUCGAGGAGCUAAAAGAGAAUGAUUCAGAUCGAGCCACAGAAAUAUUUUGCCAAGCAGCGGAAAAGUUGAACGAUCCUGUGAUGUACGCAAAUGCAGCGCGAUUUUGUGCCAGGAAGGAACCUCCUUCGUUUCCAAAGGCAAAGAUGCUAAUUCAACAGGCUUUGAAAAUGCACGGAUCCACAACAAAAGGUGGAUACAAAAAUUUGUGCCACACUAAGGGAGUUGUCCUGUACUUUGAACUCAGGUACAUGAUAAAAUCUGGUGAAGUCAAACAAUUGAAUGACCUUGAAGUAAUGGCAAGCAGUGUUCUUGAGGCACAUCGCGAAGCACGUAAUUUCCCCCCCACCUAUCCACACCCAUUGAUUGGAGAGGUAGAAGUUUGGCUUGAGUGCAUAAACUGGAUAAUGAACAACAUGUGUAGCGGUGACACAGAGGAAACCUUGGGCUUUCUGACAAAUCUUGCGCCGCCUUUCUUUCGUACAUGCCUCAGUGACUCUUUUUAUCUCCUGGACAUUGUGGAUGGUAUUGUUCAAAGUGUACCACAUCUCGCCGAUCCUGCAGAAACAAAGCGGUUGUGCAACCACUUGAGAUUGUCUUUGAUGACAAUAUGUCGCACACACUCCCAAGGCCAUGGAAGGCGUAAAGCUGACGAAGAUAUAGUUCAAGCUUGCAGAGCUAUGUGCACAACGAAGCAUUUCCGGGAGUCAUCCCAGUUAGAGCUCAAACGUCUUCAAGCUCAUUUCAUUUUAAGUCACAGUGAAUCAAUCGAUAACUUGAAGAAAGAAAAUCUUGAAUAUUUGCUCAAACUCCUGGAGGAGCUUGUUUUGAAAGAAGACGAGUUCCGUUUAGCGCAACAUCUAAUGAAAGUUUCCAUGCUAGUAACUGGACCGCGAAGUUAUAGCCUCGAGCAAGGUCUACACGUGUGUGAGAAAUGGUUGGUAGUCUCAAGUCAUGGAUGCCUCCCAGAAUUUUAUAAGAUGGCCAUCUAUUUCCUGCAAAUCCUUGAUGGAAACUCACUAGAAUUUAUGCCAAAGUAUAUUCAAGCCCUCGAGAAAUGCCGUGAAAAAUGUCAAAACGACAUGCGAAGAUUCUAUCCUACACAUUACGUAGCUAAUGAAGGACAGGGUAUGUCUCGCCUUAUAAGCCGCCAUACUUUGUUGCGUGGAGAGACGGACUACUCUUCAGAGAAUGUUGAAACUGUUUCAAGGUUUUGGCAGGUUGGAAGUAGGAAAAAGUUGCAGGAGUGCAAGGGAAGAAUCAGAGUGAGACAGCCAUCUGGUCGCGUGAAAUCGAAGUUGCAACCUUACAUUGAAUUACUACAAGGAAAUCUUGAGCUCUACGUUGGAAAGCACGCGGACAUCGGUAAAGCAGAGAUAGACUUUACACCGGGCGCCUUAGUAUACUUUGUCGUUAGCUUCAACCUUCAGGGUCCUGUCGCAAAUGGCAUCACGUUUUCACCGCAGAACCCAUCAAAUGAUUGAAGAACGUUGAUUUCAAUACAACACUGAGUAACAGACAGUCUCCAGACCGCCAAGCGGCCCCGCUUUAUCAAUUAAAUUCAUUUCAUGUUGUCCAAGCGUCGAUUUUAGUUUUUAAGCAAGUCAUCUCUGACAAAAGAAUUGACUUUGGUUGCCCAGGAACCCAGAAAAAUUCAUUCACUGGAAGUAAAAUAUGGCCAGUGAUUUUGAAACUAUAAUUUUUAUGAAGGUCAGAUAUAUAUUUUGCAAAAGGAUUUAUUGUUGAUAAGUUUUGCAACAGUAGUUUAACAGGUUCAACAAAGUAAACGGAUUUGUAGAUAACAACCUUCGAUUUCAGAAGGCUUAAAGUCGAUUUUUAAUUGUACUAUUAACUGCAAUGUUCAGAAAACGUACAAAAAAGAAGUACUCUUGGCAUGAUUUAACUUCACUUUUUAACCGUAUUAGGUAUAUACUCAAAUAAUGUGAUUUAUUUAAGAAGGAUUUGUGUUGUCUACUCUGUUUUGACAAAACAAAUGAGCAGUGAUUUUCAGGACAACGUUCGAUUUCAGAAGGAUCAACGUAAUACUGAAUUAUAUACCGUGUGCAGGGAAUAUGCGUAUUGAAAAUAUUCUACUACUUUACGAGUUUCUAUUUUGUAAGUAAAAGAAAAAGAGUCCAGAGGGCACUGUUACAGAAAUUCUAGGCGUUCAAACAAAAUGAUCACAAUUUAUUUUCUUUAGUACUCAUCAAACGGCUCUUUCAAGGGCAAGACAUAUUAAUAUAAUCAAGAGAGAGAAUUCUAGUAAGAAAGGCAAAGUAUAUGUAGUUUAAAUGCGAUUUAAAUGCAUGUACCUACUAACUUGCUUUCACUGUCGAACACACAUCUUCAUUUUUUUAUAUACAUACACGUGACGGUGCUCUUCGAAUAAGAAUCAUUAAUAAUAUGGGAGAAUUUAUUAUUGACAGCCAAGGGUUUGCAAUUGUUAUUUUUCUAAGAAAGAUCAAUUUUCUACAACGUAUUCAUAAAUGUUAUAUGAGUAGUUUUAGGAGCCUUCCCAUGAGGCCUUGUGUGAUUAAAGUAGAGAACGCAUGGCUUCGUUUCAUAUAAGUUGUCUCAGUCAAUUCGUCAGUUCAAGGCCGAAUAACAAUGAAUAAUAAAGACAAUUUUUUGAGCUG